UAUACCACUAGAGAUUCCACCCUUCCCGACUCUUCUAGGGGUGACGCGCGAGCUCAUUCCAUAGCAUUUACCUCGCAUCCGAGGAAGCUAUUCUCCUCAACUCUCGCUGCAAACUCGCCAUCUGGAUAACCUCACACACGCUGCAACAGGUACGGGGGGCUUCAUCGCCAGAAAAGUAACGCCGUCGAGCCCACUACUCCAUCGAUAUCACAUCAAUAUCAUCAUCUGCAUCACCGCAAGUGUCGCGAUCAGCUUCACCCCCAGCCUUAUUCCUGCCUCAGAAUUACCUCAACGAACCCCAACCGCUCAACACUUACUCAAUAUGCAGCAGUGGAAGGUCUCCAAGGCUCGUCUUCACACCGGCUAUCGCUUGUCAGGUCGCUCCGAGAGAAAGAGUGCCGGUUCUACGCUUGAGAAUAUGCUUGAGAACAUGAGCCGCGCCAGAGCCUUUAGUGUUCCAUGCGGAGGAUUCCCUUCCAAUGCUUCCGGCUUUGCCCUUGGCCGCGAUGUUACGCCUGGACCUAUCGAGUCCGUCAUGUCGACUCCGUCGCCUUCUUCGAGCCCUGAGGACCACCUGCAGGCUGAGCAUUCACCGGAUCCAGUCUCCGUUGACAUCGAGGAAGCUCCCGGUUCCGAGCUGGCUGCAAAUACGGGCUCUAGCCGCUCUUUAGAUGACCUUGUCGCAAUUGCAAGCAACAACAACUACGCUUUGGGUUCGCUCGCCCACGCGUUCUCCAAAGAAGCCUUAGCAUUGACGGAGGAGUUCAACAAGCAUGCCGCCGCCUUGAAGAAACUGCAGGAGAAUCUCAAAGCGGUUCAGGCGGAGAUGGACCUGAUGAAAGCUUUGAUGAGACGGCUUGCAUUGAUGGAGGAGUGCAACAAGCAUGCCGCCUCCUUGAAGAAACUGCAGGAGGAUCUCAACGCGGUUCAGGCGGAGAUGGACCUGAUGAAAGCUUUCAUGAGACGGCUUGCGGGAAUGACGAAUGCCUCUAUGGAUGAGUGGAUUAGAUUUGCGGCCGAGGGGUUGAGUGACUGAGUCUAGGUCAACUGAUAAGGAGU